AAUGUUAUCCAUGAGUUUCCGGGGGGUUACUUAUGUUGUAGCAGCGUCAGGCGUCAGGAGCGUGCGGGAAGGACACGCAAAAAUAACAAUAAAAUAAAUCAUGUUCAGAUUUUUACUCCGACACUCUUCAGUCGGUGUGUGUCAGUGCCUGGCCAGGUGUGACACGGCGGCGGCGGCGGCGGCUUCGGUCUCCAGGGCUGCACACGGCGGAGCAGUCAGAGCCUUCAGCGGCUCAACUUCAGUCCGACUAUGUGAGAAGAAAAGCGACGCUGCCUCCUCUGACCCGACAGAAGCUCCAGCUGAGCUCACACAGAAAGCUGCAGAUGACGGACAGGAUGAAGUCCUCAAGGUGGCCGAACGAAGCGAGGAGCCAGCGGGGUUAAAGACGGAGGAGGAUGGAGGUCCGACGCAGCAGCAGCAGCAGACAGAUGUUGAACAGGUCACAGCAAAGCAUGGAGGUGGGAAGAGGAGCGGGAAAGAGAGUCUCAUCGACCUUCUGGGAGCCAUGAAGGUGGAAGUGACCAACAAGAGGAAGCUGAAAAACAAAGUUACGCAAAGUUACGAGUCGACCUCCAAGACAGCAGAUCUGGAGAGCACCAUCACCAUGUUCCAGCAGGUGACGGACCAGGCUUCAGCACAGAGUGAGACUCUGGAUCCCGAGCUGGUCGCGGCUGCAUCAGCCGCCGCCUCCACGCUGCCGAACCGCAGCCAGGCCGAGUCGGAGCUGCUGAGGCAGCUGAGGCAGCACGAGGCCGUGAGCGAGGCGCAGAAGAAAGGCGAGACCAACGAGCUCGGAGUUAUUAUCGCUGACAUGAAAGUUGGAAGGAAUCCAAACCGACAGAAGACGUGGCCGGCCAAUCAGAUCUGGUUUGAUGAGGACGGGCGAGGAUACACUGACGACAGAGAAAACGCUGCGGAGACGGACGCAGGUGGCAAAAGGAGGAACCUGUUCACAGGAAAAAGGCUGAACAUCUUCUCCCCGACGACUGAAGAAGGAGUCGAAUCAACAGCCGCUCGACCGACUCUCUGGGACGUGGAAUUUGCUCAUCAGCUGACUCAGGCGACCAACCACACGCCUCGAAACGGGCUCGAGGAAAUGAUCCAGUGGACCAAAGAGGGCAAAAUGUGGCAGUACCCGGUCAACAACGAAGCCGGCCUCGAGGAGGAAGCCGACGUCCCGUUCCACGAGCACAUCUUCUUAGACAAACACCUGGAGGACGGUUUCCCCCGGCAGGGACCGGUGCGUCACUUCAUGGAGCUCGUGGUGGCCGGUCUGUCCAGAAACCCGUAUGUGACGGUCCAACAGAAGAAGGAACACAUAUCCUGGUUCAGAGACUACUUCCACCAAAAAGAGGAAGUCCUGAAGGAGGCUGAAGUUUACCUGAAAUAAGACGAUGACGUGUUUGUUGGACGUUCCACAGGUUCAAGAAGAAACUUUAAAAUCACUGUUUAAUCACGUCAUCAAGUGUCGCUCGUAUACGAAGAAUAUAAAGCAGCAGAAACAGUUUCAUUUCAUUUUCUGUCACUCUGAGGUUGUUUGUUCACACAGGAAGUCACAUGUGGUGUCAGAUGAAAUCAUGAUGUCAGGGUUUAGUUUUGCAGGUCAGGUGCAUUAAAACAUUUUCAAGGCAGAUC